GGAAGAUGGCGGACGAGUAUUACAUUAUCUCGAUAAAUAGAACUGAAAGUAUGCGCCACGCCGUCACGUCACGCGUUAGGCACUCAGCUCUCGCGGAGCUCCGGAAUUAGAGCGCACAGAUACCGAGCAACUUCUGGCUGUGGUAGGUACUUCAUUUUUUCUUCCAUUCUGAAUUGACCAGUUUUACCAAGCAUCAUUUAGUCCAAGAUGGUGUUAAUAUUCAGCCGCGUACGAAUACGCCUGUAUCUGCUAAUAUUAGCAGCAACUUUAGCGACAGCACAAACGCAGGAGGAUGAGACAAAGGUGCGCAUCGCCAUCGUGGGCGCCGGCAUCACUGGAGCAUCCGCCGCGUACCAUUUCAAUUCAGAAGGGACAUCUACAUCUAUUGCAAUAACCAUAUUUGAGAAGGAAGCCCAAGUCGGCGGACGUAUUCAAUCUAAGCCUUACUUUGGCAAUUAUGUGGCCGAAGCUGGUGCGCCACAUUUCUCCGAUUCCGAUGAAUGUCUCAUAAACGCAGUGGACACGCUAGGCCUGCGCAAGAAGCCUGAAGCCCGUCCCGUGGGUUUGUGGAAUGGAACCGCGCUGCUCUAUGGAGCACAGGGCCUAGGUUGCGCUGUCGGGGUUGAAUCGGGAUCCGGAACACUGCAAGAUCUUGUCACCGAAGGAAGACGCGUUCUGUUUCCGCCAGCUCAGAUGCGGAGAAUCAUCAAUAGGGCCCGGGAUGACUUUUCAUCAUGGACCGCACGGCUUUGGAAACACGGAAUUUCGGCUCCUUGGCGGUUCUAUCGUGCUGCUGCUCUAGAUUUAGAGGCGUGGAAGCAUUUUGGGAGCAACAACAGCGAGCCUUUUGACAAAUUAGAUGCUGAAUUGGGUAGGAUAGGACUGUCUAGCAAUGUACUUGGACCCGCGGGGGAAUAUGCAGGUCUGGGCGACUUGACGUAUAGCCGAGAGGCGGUCGAGCCCUGUACCCGCGCCCUCGUCUCUCAAAACUUAAACCAAGUAUGCGCACUCGCAGCAGUCAUCUCAAACGAUCCUGGACGUGUCAUAUCACUCUGGGAUGGCAACGCGAGAUUAGUUGAAGACAUGAUCAAGCGAUCAGGUGCUGCUUUAAAGACGAAUUCUCAAGUUACACAAAUCAAGCCUGGAGUAGACCGCCGUUACUACGUCGAGACAGCUGCUGGUGAUAACAACGACGAGUUUGAUAUCGUUCUCCUAGCCGGCGGUCCAGACCAAGAUCUCUCCUCUAUCCUAUCCGACAUCCUUCCCCCACACCAGAUUCCGGCUCCGUCGCACUACACCGAAACCCACGUUACCCACUUUACCACCGAAAGACUUCUCCACAUACCGCGGUCUAAGUUCCCUGAACAAGACGUCCCAGUCCCUCAGGAUAUUAGUGCCGUAUAUUUCACCUACAACUCCGGCCUUAACGGGCCAGACCUCCUCCACGCUAGCACUUCUGUUGCGCGCCAACGUGAUCCCGCUUGUAAAGCCGACCCCGAAUGCGACGAAUUUGUUCAUCGCCGCGUCCACCGUGUCGUCUCCAAAAAUCCCUUAAGCGACGAGGAUAUUGCGCGGCUUGCGGGCGUCUCGCUCGAGGGCGCCCUACUUGCAGAGGGAGAAACGCUCGAAGCAAAAGAUAUAACCGGUGUGCGCCGUGCUGCGUGGCCGCAUGCCUUCCCAGCCUAUCAGAAGCCGCGUCAUGAGACUUGGGGAAACAUUGAGCUUGCAUAUGGCUUAUUCUACCUUGGGGGUGGUGAGAGGCUGCAUAGUUCGCUGGAGAUGGGAUGUCGCAUCGGGAGAAAUAUCGCGAAACUGAUACACGCAACGAGAAGAGAAGAGAGACGAACACAUGCUUCUGGAGGAAUUGAAAAUGAGCGCGACGCUGAUGCGAGAGAGCUAUGAAACAAUUAUUUCUACUUAUUUUGAAAGAGAAUUCACCGUACGCUUUCAGUCGUGCUGACCGUGACGAUGCGACAUUGUUCGUCAGCCGGAUCGAGAUUCAGCUGCGAUGGGCAGGAUGGGGUGGCUAUCUGCUUACUUCCGAGGUAGGUAUGUAGGGACUUACAAGGCACACAUACAGGCAACUAGCCUGCACAAAAGCAAGGGGUAUCUAAGCCACAUGCAUUUUGAAUGGCUA